AUGGAAGCCAACGAUUUUCUUCCACAAUCAAAGACAUCCACCGGGCCAAGUCAAGUCAACCCUGCCGACCCUGGUGACUUCCAUUCAAAAUUUGACAACGACGUCCUCAGUCUUCUGAAAUUUGUAGCAAUAAGAUAUACUGACAUCUCAGGUUAUCGAGAACAACGGAGAUGUAUUCUGAGAUAUGCAGUAACACCCACAGCAUCCAAUCGACCGGCAUACUUCAAUACUCUGUCCAAUACAAUAAUCCCGAGACACAACAGUCCCCGACGCCAUGGAAACCGACCAAACAAAGCCACAAGAGAGAACCACUUGACAGCUAAACCCUCUGGCCAUUCUGACUUCGACAACGCCAAUCGAAGGAUACUCGAGUAG